AUGUCCGCCGAUAGCAUUCCAAAGAAACAAAAAUGCUUGUCAUGGGUAAAAGCAGAUGCACAACCGUUUAAACUCACAGAUUCAGCACCGGUUGUUCAACCAACAGAUCUAUCAGAAAAGGAAGUAUUGAUUCAAAAUUAUGUGGCAGGACUCAAUCCCGUUGAUUGGAAGAUGGCUGAAAAUAAUUGGGGUCAUAUCAAGCUUCCAUCUGUCACAGGCUAUGAUAUUUCCGGAAAGGUAGUGAGUGUUGGAAACAGUGUGAAACAAUUUAAAGUUGGUGAUGAAGUUUUCGGCAUGCUUAGUUUAAAAACUGGUGGUGGUUUUCAACAGUACAGUGUGGCGGAUGAAGGCAAUAUUGUAAAGAAGCCUUCAAGUGCCAGCCACGAGCAGGCUGGUUCACUUGGUAUAGCGUUCUUAUCAGCUUUAGAUGGUUUACAACAUGUAAAACAUAAGAUGAAUGACGCAACGGUUUUUAUUCCUGGCGGAUCAGGAGGCAAGUAAAUUAAGAUUAAUUUUGUAUUAUGCGGAAAAGUCUCAUCUAGGAUUUUCCUAUGGUACUGUUUGAAAGUAGCCCUCUUCAGCUUUUCCCUUAAUCCUACUGUUAAAUUAUACCGUGUAGUGUCGGGAUCUCGGAGCUUUCUGCUGAAGAACGUUAAAAUUAAAUAACGGCUCUUAAUAUCUGAUUCACUAUUGUUCAUCCAAAAGAAGAAUAACCCAUGACCAUUCUUUUAAUAACUCACAAACAGAAAGAGCCAGAGUGGAGGUUUUUCAGAUAUGGAAAGAGCAGUUCAUGGAGCAUCUUCUCGCCAGCAA